GAGAUGCUGCUGCUCCGGGCUGGCUUGUCUGGAUCAUUUAUACACAACAGCUGUCGCAUUGUCAAGAAUAACCACAUCUGUGAGGACUGCUCGUCCGACACAUGUGUGUACGCACGCACACACUCGCGCACAUACACACACCACGCCCCCUCCUGUCGGGAACACCCUGGCAGUGGAUCUGUGCCUUCAGACGGUGCUGAGGCGCACCGACAGACGCGCACACGGACCGUGAUCCCCGGACUGACUCCGCAGCCUCCUCCCCCCUAGCCGGAGCCUCCCCGCCGCUCCCCCAGGUUUCCUGAGACGAAUCACCUGUUUGAGGCUCUUCUCUUCCACCAAAAAGAAGAAAUAAAAGAGGAAAGAGGAUGAUGCCAGAAGCAAAUGGGCACUCUGAUUGGUUGCAGAACAUUUUGGAGCAUAUAAGCCAAUUGUGGAUUUAGUUGCAUCCCUUCAUGCAAAAUAUUUACUUGGUUGAUUUCUCUGGCUGAAUGCAAACUGUGGGACUAAUGGAGACGGCCAUAGAUCAACUAAACCUCUCUUUUCUGCUGGAGCAUGAAAGAGAAGUGAUCCUGAAGGUGCUACAGAAAGAUGAGAAGCUGAGGAAACGAGAGGAGAAAAGGAUACGGAAGUUAAAAAAUGAACUGCUGGAGAUCAAACGGAAGGGCCCUCGUCAGCCCCUGCAGGACUCCAGGGAGCGUCAGUGCGCCCGCUGCCUGAAGGCUCUGGGCCUGAUUUUUGACCGUGGAGAUCUGUGUGAGGAGUGUCAACUACGUGUCUGCGGUGGGUGUCGCGUCACGAUUGCUAGCUCACGCCAGUGGAGGUGCAACGUGUGUGCCAAGAUCUCGGAGCUGAAAGUGGUGACAGGAGAGUGGUUCCUGGAGGAGCGGUCCAAACGGUUUGAGCACAAAGCCCUGAGCAGUGACGUCAUCAAAAAUUCCAUCCUGAGCAGUCCUCGAACCACAGAAAUAAAGUCCACAGAGAAUCUGUUGGUCUCAUCUGAGCCAGAGAAACCAGACACUCCAAAAUCCAACAGAAGCGCCGUACGCAGCCUUAUGGAUGGUGCCAAAAAGAAGGGACGAAUGAAGAUGGCUAAGAAAGGCAGUCAGCCCACCCCGAAGCCAGAAAAUGGAGUCGACAGCGUCAGCGUUAAAUCUGUUUCCGAUGGAGACGCUCAGAGUGUUCGCUCUGCGGCGAGUCCACGUUCAAACAGGGGAGGCGCGAUGGCUUUAGAGUCCUCAGGAAUGCCCACUGUACCCAACAACCUGCGUUCUCAAACUCCAGAUAAAUCCCCCAACCCCAGCAAAAACCGGAGGUUCAGGCCUGACGGAGCAGAAAGCAUUGCCAGUUUACACUCCAGCGAGGGAACGCCUGACAAGAAGGCAGCUGGCCAUCACAGAACAAACUCUGACACUCCGACCAUCUCUGUGUCCAGGGCCUCUGUCUCAUCAGAUCACAGCCGCUCUGAGAUGGAUCUGUCAGCUCCUGGUUCUGAACACAGCGACGAUGCCCUCAGCCUCAGAAGUCGCUCCAUCCCUGGACUCAACGAUGCAGAGUUCUCCGAUGAGGAGGAAGACAUCGAUGCUCUGAUGUCAGCCCACAGCACCGGCCGGAGCGUCAGCAGCGCUGUGUCAACGUCGUCCACUCCCGUCUCAGAGAGAAGGUGGGGGUACCUGAACAUCCCCGACUCAGACGCUGAGACUAGCAGCAUCAACAGCAUGAUGAGCAUGUACAGCGAGACCGGUGACUAUAGCAACGCCAAGGUGAGCGGUGAGAUCCUCCUGAACAUCAGCUACAACUACAAAACAGGUGCCCUCAACGUCCUGGUGAAAGAGUGUCACAACCUGGCAACAGGGGAUGAGAGGAGGCAGCGCACGGACGCUUACGUGAAGACUUACCUGCUUCCUGACACAUCGCGGCAGAGCAAGAGGAAGACCAGCGUCAAACCCAACACCAUUAAUCCCAUUUUCAAUGAGAAUCUGAGGUAUGUGAUCAGCCACUCACAGCUGGAGACUCGAUCACUGCAGGUGUCUGUGUGGCAUCAUGACCGUUUUGGGUACAACAGCUUCCUGGGUGAGGUGGAGUUGACCUUUGACUCAUGGGAAUUUGACUCUCAGAUAGAGGAGUGGUACUCUCUGCAGCCCAGGGUGGAGAACAGCAUCGACUCCAUGAUGCAAUAUAAAGGAGAAUUGACCGUGGUGCUGAAGUACAUUCCUGCAGAAAAAAACCUCAUGCUGCCUCUCGACCAGGUUCAAGUAAAAAAGAGUUUCCUGAAAAGCAAGAAGACGAGCAGCUUCACGCUGCCUAAAGGGGGCAUGGUUGAGCUGUUGGUCAAAGGGGCCAAAAACCUAACUGCUGUCAAGUCUGGUGGCACUUCUGAUCCUUUUGUGAAAGGGUACCUCCUCCCUGACAACAAGAAAUCGACCAAGCACAAGACGGCGGUGGAGCGUCGUACCAUGAACCCACACUGGAACCACACCUUCACCUACUGCGGCCUGCAGCCUGGAGACCUAAACAACAUCUGUCUGGAGCUGACUGUGUGGGACAAAGAGGCUUUGUCCAGCAAUGUCUUCCUGGGCGGAGUCAGGCUGGGAGCUGGCACAGGCAAAAGCUACGGGAGUGACGUGGACUGGAUGGACUCGUACGGAGAGGAACAGCGGGUUUGGCAGCGCAUGAUAGAAAACCCAGAGGUUCCUCAGGAGUGUACUCUGAUGCUGCGCUCGAGCAUGCGCAAGCGUUACACGUGAGCUGGAUCAAGCACAGCAAAAAGGAAGGGGAUUAAACAGAAGGAGAGAGGGGAGGAAGAGGAGAUCUGAAGUUGUGAGGAGAAAGUUUGAGGUGGUCGGAGGGAAAAGAAAGCAAACUACGACUCAAAUAAAGGAGCAGAGAAGCUCUUUCUCUGGACUUUCCUUCAUGUUCAGACCUCUUCUGGUUUCCACCACAGCCGGUCAUGCCUUACUCACUCACCCACAUUCGCCCCUCUGCUGAUUACAGCUGUCUAAAAAAAGAAACCUCCCUUGUUGUAUUUAACUUACUGUAGCGUCUAAAUAAGCACACGGCGACUCCUAAUGUGUCCAUCCCUGUUUCAUCUGUGAGUCGUUUCUGCAUGUAUUCACAGCUGAUGGAGAACAUUUAUCAGACGUUAGACAGUUCCCUUUAUUAAGCUGGUAUGAAGCACAGAAUGAUGCAGAGAAGAAAAACUACUAGUUAUUGUACUAUUGGAGUACUAUUAGAAAAACAUCCUAACAGUACUCAUCCAUACUGUUAGUUAUACUGCUUCCGUUUAAUGCAACCCUGAAGAUUUGAGUUUAUUUCCCGUUUUGUCUUUAAUCUCGAAAAUGAAAAAAUUAAUUAACUUCUUCAUUAUUAUUUCUUAAAAGUCUGCCGUAAUUCGGUGAUAAUCAUUGUAAUGAAGAAUUCUAGAAGUCCAAGUGAAGGUUUAUUCAUCAUUCAAGCACAAAUCUAGUUCUUUAAUGAAUACUGUGAAAUUUUCCUCAAGGUUUAUGUUUAUGUUUAUUUAUUUGGCAGACGCUUUUAUCCAAAGCGACUUUCAAUUAAUAACCUAUAGGGCAUGUUGUGAUCUGUGGGGGAAACCGGAGUACCCGGAGGAAACCCACGCAUGCAACAGUGCUAACAACUGUGCCACCAUGCAGUCCAAGGUAAAUCGAAAACAAAACUAUUAUUAUUAUUAUUAUUAUUGUUAUUAUUAUAACCAGGACUCCGAAUCCACCUGAAUCAUUGUUUCUUAACAACUUAAUUAUUUUUUAAGGCUUGUGUGAAUUGCAGUGUGCUGGGGGACGAAAUUCAUCUAAUACAACAAAAUUUGGCCAAAAGAAAUAAAUAACUAUAAACAGAGAAUAGUUCUUCUGAAAAGUUUAAAGUAUUAUAUUUGUACCAAAAAUCUUAAACAAGGCUAAUUACAGCAAAAAAGUGACAAACAUACAAUUUGUCCCACAUUAAACUAAGAUUGCUAACAACAAACAUUAGCAUGCUAAUAUUUGUGCAAAGGCUCCCACAUUUUUCAGCCUCCAACCCACAAAACACCAACAGAAAGACCUAAAACUAUCACUCAAAUAUUUAAUUUACUUUUAGUUGUUUUAAUCUGACAUCUAUUUGAGAAUCUCCUGCAGGAAUUAUGUUUUAAAAUGCUAAUAAUAAUCAUUUAAAGUUUCAUUUGAUUUUUAAAAUUAUCUAAUAUCCCCAUGGUGGGGUCCUCCAACUUUGGGAACCACUGAACCUUGGUAAUCAGGAAAAAGGUGCAAGGGACCAAAUGUUAUACAUAACAUUGUGAACAAUUAUUAGCACAGAAAGACUGAAUAUUAGUAUUUUUCAUAAAUAAAUUGCAUCACAUUUGUUUGUAAAUUGAUGCUUUAAUAAAUUUGCAUGCAGUAAGUACCCAAUAUUAGCCGAAGCCCAGAGGGUGCCAGAUAAAGUAGAAGUUGUAGAAAUGUGUUGCCUCAGUUUCAGAAUCUGCUCAAAUAUAUCUUUAUGUUAGAGAAAAAUAAUAUGAAAAUGUAGAAAACUGUAGAAAAAGUCACAUUUUCCAAUAACUUAGAAAAUAAACUGCUGAGAAAAUAUUGUAAAUAAAAUAAAUAUCUGAUAAAUGGGAUAUAUUAGACAAUAAUAUUGAUUUUAUGAAACAUUACAGCCAGGCUCUACUCCACCAUCAUCAGAAAGAUGUACGUCCAGAUGAUUUCUCUUCAACACUCUCUGAGCUCCAUAGCUUUCCCUCGCUUGUCAAUAGAAUAAAUAAACUUGUGGCUCAAAGUUUUGUCAGUUUCUAAAACUUAGACUAGCUUCUAUGUAAUUUCGUAUAACACUGUAUCAGUGUGUUAACAUAGAGUGCAUGGUACUGUAGAAAACAGAGGAACUAAAGGUUACACGAAGCACUGAUGCUGACAUCACUUUACACCAAGAGGAGAAAGUGUGAUGUGCGGUGCGUUCUCAGGAAGCGUGAGAUGGGGAAGUGUGUGUUGCAAAAUGAGUCAGCAGCGAGAUGAGCUGUCGUCAUCUCAGGGAGGGGGCUAUUAAUGAGCCAGUGACACUGACCUUGUCCUCGUCGCCCAGGGCUCUGUGAUCAUUCAUCCUCUGACGAAUCACAGUUCACAAAAACAGCUCCAGAUUUAAAUUCCCAUCAGGGCAUUUUCUUUCUUUGUGUGGAAUGCCAGUUUUGCCUGCUUGUCCUUCAAAACCCGCCUGCUCCCAACUACCAGAGCAAACUGUCUUCUGGUUACAGUUCUCGUAAUAAAAUUUGUUCACCGUCCAGAAUAAUCUAAAUGCUCGUGCGUCAUCUUAUUAAGAAGAAGCUAACUGUACAGCAUGUUUGUGUCUGGUUUCUAAGCAUCAUUCUCCUAAAGCUUGUUUUCUCCCUGAUGUUCUACGAGAAUAUUUUGAAAUAAAUACAUGAUGGUUUUCUUGUUUUUAAGGAAUAUUAACGAUAUUAAACUAUUUCUGAAUGA